UCAAGCAUCCCAUAUAGUAACAACCGUAAAUCCCUUCAAGUCCUGUAACGUUACUGUGUUGCAGUGCGCUCUUAAGCUGCCCGAGCUCGUAGCUUUGACCUUUUAAAUCUCCUUAGUCCCGACUUCUACAACGCUUGCACGUCAAUAGAUUGUUUGAACAGCUGAUGCCAGCGUCGAAAAGGAGAAAUGCAAGAUGUUGCCCAACAUUCCGUGAGCGUUGGGCUUGAAGAGCAGCAGAACAUGCAGCCAGCAACCGUUGCAAGCAUGGAGCUCGGACCUACUGCUGAAAUCGCCAGUGUGACGGAGAGGCCGACUGAGACUGCGGAAAGCCGUCCGGAAGCAGCAGAGAAUGCGGUUGCAGGGGGUGAUGAGGGCAAAGCAGGACCGUCAGGAGCCGAGCUGGGAAAGGAGGUGCUACACGAGAGUUCCACCAAACCCGGACAGAGUGCGGAUGACAUGAGUGUAGCUGUGCAACGACUCAAGGCGGACCUGGUCCACACUACAAGCUUACUAGAGGGGGCCACAACCGCACGCAGUCAGCUGUCGAAGCAGCUGGAGGAGGCCAACAAGCAGCUUGCGCGCGGCACUGCGUCGGCGGCCGCAGCAGAGGAGCGCCUCAAGGCUGAGCUGCAGCAGAUGCAGGUUCGGCUGGCGGCGUCUGAGGCCAAGUGCCGGUCUUUGCAGCAAGCAAACGCCACGCUGCAGGAGGACGUGCUGCGCGCUCAAAAGGAGGCAGCAGCACUACAGGGGCACGUGCUGGAGGAGCGCCGCCUCAAGGAGGAUCAAGCCAAUGAGUGUCGUCGGCUACAGCGCGACUUGGACGCGGCUACUGAAGGCCUCGUGCAUGCGCAGCGGGCGCAACGCAGCUCGGCCGCCAAUGCGGCUGAGAUGGAGGUUGAAUUGGAGGGGCUCCGGGCGGCGCGGAGUGCACUGGAGUCCGAGCUGCAGGCCGCCAGCGCGCGUGUCUUGAAAUCACAGGAAGAAACCCGGGAUCUGGCAGAGCGGAAUGCGGAGCUUGCUAGACAGCUGCGCGAAACGUCGGCAACUGUACGGCAGCUGGAGGCUGAAAAUACACGCCUGGUGGCUGGGAACGCGGAGCUUACUGCAGCAGUGGAGGCUCGGGCUGCUGAGGCCAGGACGGCGCGUGAGGAGGUGGCGGAACUGGCGGCGCAGCGGACCCGACUGGUGGCUGAGAUGAGGGCCCUGCGGGGGGAGCUCGAGCAGGUGGAGGCCAGUAGGGUGCGUGAGGCGUUGUCGGAGACCCGGAGGGAGGUCUCGCGGCUCCAGGCAGAGCUGGCAGCGAACGACCGGGUCCUAGCGGACGCCGAGGCGGCGCUGCUGUCACUGGUUGCCGACCGCGACAGCCUCGAGCAGCAGGUCAACGCCGCACGGCAGGCGGAGCGCCGGGCCGCGGAUGCCGCGGAAGCUUUGCGGACACAAGUGGCCACGCUGCAAACGCAGCUUGGGGCCGUCCUGGAGGGCCCUUUGCUUGCAAAGCACAAAGCGUCGGGCGCCACAACUGGCGCUGUCGUUCGUGAUCGCGUGGCUGUACAGCGGAUGGCCGACUACCUGCAAGUCCUAAGCGUUGAGUCUUCAAAGCCACGUCCAUCCGGCGGUUCCAGCAGCAGCAUUUCCCGGGCGGCAUCACUAUCCAGGCCCACAGGUACCGCCCUGCCGCCGCCAACGGGGCCCGAACCGUCCAGCAGCGACCCCACUGCGGCGGCCAUAGUCUCGGUGCCUUCAGCUAAGCACUACCCUGCCGCUGCGGUCCCUCCUGAUGCUGGCGUGGGGCUCAUCCUUUCUACCUCGAGCCAAGGACCGGUGGAGGUUGAGGCAGCGAAGGAGGACAGUGCUUUGCGACCGUACAAGUCCAUGGUUGAGGGGGCUGCUGCUGCUGCUGCAGCUGCAUCGCCCCGGGUAUGCAAGCCCCUUGGAGGCGUGAUGUCGCUCCCGGCGGCGACCAGGGCACACAGCGACACCACGGAGCCGCGAGGCGCCCUGACGCACACGACGCCUGGCGGCACGGCUGCCGCAUCACCCAGUCCGGCCGCUGCGCUUGUCGUGGGGAAGCUGGAAAGCCCUCCGCAUGCCUCCUCCCUAAGCCAUCAGCCAGAACCGGCAGGUAACGUUGCGCCGGUCGCAGGCGACGCUGUCUCCAACACCACUGCCCCAGGGCCGUCUAAAGGGGAGCAAACAGCUGCCACGUCGAGCUUACCUUUAGAAGGGGAGCCCUCGGUUGCAUCAAACAACGCCUCUCCAGGCCAAGUAGGGAAGCCCCUUGUUCCCUUGCCAGCCGUUCCCGCAGCUGCUGCUGCUGCUGCCGCCGUACAGGUCAGCGACGGCAUUCCGCAGAGUGGCUCUCCCUCCACCUCACCACCCAGCGCAGUGACCCGGCGGAGGGCGGCUACAGAGCGAGCGGGCAGCAACACGCGACAGAGUCUGGAACGCUUAAUCGAAGAAAUGAACGCCCAACCCUCAGCAUCGAGCGUGGCAGCGCAGGAGGCCGCUACAAAGGAAGAAGCUGACGUGUCGUCAGUACCCCCCGUUACCGCGGCUGAUACUACUUCGCCAUCCGCUACCACCGAGGGACCCCUGCCGGACCCAGUGGCACAGUACCCGCCGGAUUCCACCUACGCUGGCUCGUCUCAUGGCUGCGAGAGUCCGGAAGCGAUGUCCAGUAGCCAGCAGAUGCUGUCCGCCGAGUCCAGUGCUGGCACCGGUGCCGAAGCUGCCGAGCCCAGCACGCCGAUACCAGCGGUGCAGCAGCCCUUCACAACAGCCACCCCCGUCCCACCGGUGCCGGCAUAUGUUGCUGAAACGACUGGUUUGCUUCAUAGCUCCGCGUCCCUGGCCCCUCUGGUGACACCGCGGUCGCUGCUGUCAGCAUCCCGGCUUACCGCUUCGUUGAGCCUUGGAGCGGCCAGCGACGGCGUCAGGUCAUCCGGCCUGGUGGCUGGUGGCAGCGGCACGGUGAUGAUCAGCCCUCGCAACAUGCUGGAGGGCCGUAUGCUGACUCGGGCGGUGCGCCAGGUGGCAGACGCCCUGGCGCGGCCGUCGAGUGUUGGCGGGGUGCUUGAGGCGGGUUCCGGAGCCCUUUGGUCGCUGCCCCUCGGCUUCUCAAUAGGCGAGGAGCAGCUGGCGUCUGGUUCCGGGGCGUUGACCAGCUUCCAGGGAUCUACCAGUCUGCUGUCGCCACUGCCCUCCUGGCGCCAAGCGGCUGCCCAGCAGCUGUCUUCUCUGACCAACAGCCCAGUCCCUGCCGGUGUCAGCGACUUGCAGCCAGUGGACAGGAGCGGCUGCUCGUCCGCUGCCCCGCCCAGUCCUACAGCACCCGCGAGCGUUGCGAGCACUGACCUGAUCGCCACAAUGGACGCCCAAGCACCCCUGCCCGUGCCCUUUGCUGCGGCUCCAAACCUUGCGCAGAUGGCUCAGCGCAUCAGCACUGAGCUGAAUUCUGUUGCGAGCUCUGGUUUGGGGGCUUUGGGUGGAGUGGUAGGGAGUUUGGGCAACGGCGGCAGCAUCCGCGCAAACAUCUCCCUUCCUAUGGCCUCUAGCCAAACCCUGGCCGCUAGCCAGACUCCGGUCUCCCGAGGGAGCUCCCUACACGGUUCACCGUUUCCGGAGGUCGUCCAGGAAUACAGCGGCUACGCUUACUCGUACAUCCAUCCCGCACAGCGGCGCUCCCCGCUGCAGCCGGCCAGCCCAAUACGUGGUUCGCCCUGGGACCGCAUGGCGAUGGGCAUGAACGCACCCUCGGCUGUGCCCCCUGCUGCGCCCGAGGAUGACACCGGGUCCUUGCUUGCGCAGCGGCUGGCGGCCAUGGACGAAGCGCUGCGAGCUAUUGGGGCAAUCUAACGGGGUAACGCUAGUGGUAUGGUGCCCAAAGCCCAAUUUCUAUACAUAAAUGACCAUGGGGGUGUACUCCGUGUGUGUUUUGUUGUUGCGACACGUUGAAUGCAGCAGCAAUGUAGUUGAGUGAUCCUGUUUCCCCGGAUGCUGAGUUAACGGGUUUGCAUGUGCCAGGAACCCUGAGAAGCAUGUCGUGGUGUUGGCAUCGCAUUGUGACGUUGUAUACUGACAAUUAUCCAGCGAUCGGUGGCCUCAAGCGUGCUCUACCUUCACGGCGUGCGCAUUCGCGCGCGGGAAUUGUCUGUGAGCGCACCCAUUCUUGUAGUGAUACCCAUUCCCUCUGUUCCUGGGGUUUCGCGGCUUGUGGCGCCUUGACAACCGGCACCCAGUACCAGCAGUACGUUUUGGGUCUACAUGCGUCAUGGUAGCUGCAGGGCCUGAUAUCCUAGGCUAACUGUGGAUGUCCAGACCAAUAUGGAUGCCAAGUCAAACUGUCCAGCUGUUCUGUGGAGUGUGGUAGAGGCGUUGCUGGUCUUGUUGGUAUGGAGGCUUUGCAUGGCCGGUUGAAGUUGCAUGCACAGGCGUGAUCUUUUUCCUGCACGCCCAAUGUUCAACGACCCAAACUCCUCGAC